GUGUGUGUGUGUGUGUGUGUGUGUGUGUGUCUGUGUGUCUGUGUGUGUCUGUGUGUACAACUGAUCAUUUAAAAUUGUAUUUAUUCUGUCUUACUAUCUGAAAUAGUCACAGGGAACACAUGGAAAAUUAAAUUCAAAAAGUAGAAAAAGCAUUGACUCUUGACACAAUAGGCUACGGAACCAGCAUGCACAUAGUCCAAACAACAACAUUAGUGAUACUGAUAGAAUAAGAGCAUGCAGAAAUUUGGCAUGUGACGUAGGGCUAUCCGAAUGAACUCUACGAUCUCCUUUCAAAGGCAACAGUCACAUCCUUCGGUGACAACUUCCUCCUACAUGUUUGUCUAGUGUUAGCUGGUUAAAUGGUCUCGUUUGUACAGUAAUAGUCAUGCAGCAAUGUUGUGGCUGCCAAACGUAAUACAGUUUUCAAUAACUUUUCACAGGAUUCUUUUUAGAGCGACAGACGGGCGACAAACCAUUUAGGACUUCUUUUGGAGGAUGGUUUCUAUGUGUCACUGGAAAGAAAUAACGCGAUGAUGGCAUCUCUUGCCACAAGUCGCCUAUCGACUCAAAUUUCCUGCGUGAUGGAGUCUACUCGCCCGAGUUCUGGAACUCCGACCACGAAACUCUUUUCUUCUGUCUGGAUUUAAUCAUCUUAGACCUGGAUACUUAAUUGCAUUUUUUAUGAAAUCGUUGGAAGAAGUGUCGCUUCUUCCCAGUCGACAGCAUGUCCGAUCGAAAUUAUUGGACAGUGUGUUCCAGUUAUAAAAGUCAGCUUGUGACGGGAGCGUUACUUAAACGGAAUAAAGGUAAGAACAAGAGGAAAAGCCUGGCAGUUGGGACCCCUUCUCCAACGCUUUCACGGCCGCUAUCUCCUCUACCUUUCCAAACGGCUGGUGGUAGUCCAUCGGAGAGUCCCAGAAAUGUUUCCAGCAGCGCUUCAGUCAACUUCCCCUUCAUACGGAAAGCGGACGCGAGGAGAUGGUCAGUGGCCUCCCUGUCCUCGGGUUAUGGAACUAACCCCACCAACUCCUCUGUUUCUUCCCUGUCUUCCUCACAGGAACUGCUGCACCAGUUCCCUUCUCAGCCCACUCUGGAUGAGCUGCGCUUCCUCUCCAAGCACUUCAGUAAUGAGAGUGUGGCCGAUGAGGAGGCUCCGCACCCCCCUCCCUUGCGCCGCUCCCGCAGUCUCAGCCCUGGACGCACAUGCGGGUCUUUUGAUAAUGAGAUCGUCAUGAUGAAUCAUGUUUACAAGGAGCGCUUCCCAAAGGCCACUGCUCAGAUGGAGGGUCGCCUGCUGGCCGUCAUCGCAGACUGCUGCCCAGACAGCUCUCUGCCCCUGGCCGACGGCGUGCUGGGCUUCAUUCAGCACCAGCUGGUGGAGCUGGUGAGGGACUGCCUGCAGAAGUCCCAGGAGGCGCUCAUCACCUCUAGCUACUUCGUGGAGCUGCAGGAGAAGCUGGAGAGGCUCUUGCAUGAGGCAUAUGAACGUUCUGAAAGUGAAGAGGUGGCCAUCAUUAGCAAACUUGUGAAGAAGAUUCUCAUCAUCAUAUCGAGACCUGCAAGAUUAUUAGAGUGUCUGGAGUUUGACCCGGAAGAGUUCUACCAGCGUCUGGAGGCUGCUGAAGACCAUGCCAAAGAGGGCCAGGGUGUAAAGACAGACAUCCCCCGCUACAUCAUCAGCCAGCUUGGGCUGAACAGGGACCCGCUGGAAGACAUGGUGCAGCUUCAACAGAGCACUGCAGGGGGCGCUGUGAAAGAGUCCAGUGACACCGCGGAGAACCGGCUUGGCUGUACCCCUCCCAGAAGAAAACCGCUGGAGAGGGACUUUGAGACCAUAAAGCUCAUCAGUAACGGGGCCUACGGGGCUGUGUACUUGGUGCGGCACCGGGAGACCCGGCAGAGGUUCGCCAUGAAGAAAAUCAACCGGCAGAACCUGAUCCUGAGGAACCAGAUCCAGCAGGUGUUUGUGGAGCGAGACAUCCUGACGUUCGCCGAGAACCCGUUCGUGGUCAGCAUGUUCUGCUCCUUUGAGACGCGGCGCCACCUCUGCCUGGUCAUGGAGUAUGUGGAAGGCGGGGACUGUGCCAAUCUGCUGAAGAACAUGGGGCCUCUGCCUGUGGACAUGGCUAGAAUGUACUUUGCGGAGACUGUUCUAGCCCUGGAAUAUCUUCACAACUAUGGCAUAGUGCACAGAGACCUAAAACCUGACAACUGCCUGAUCACGUCGAUGGGGCACAUCAAGCUUACUGACUUUGGUUUGUCAAAAAUUGGUCUGAUGAACAUGACCACAAACCUGUAUGAAGGACAUAUCGAGAAGGACACGAGGGAGUUCAUUGAUAAACAGGUCUGUGGCACUCCAGAGUACAUUGCUCCCGAGGUGAUUCUUAGACAAGGCUACGGCAAGCCAGUGGACUGGUGGGCAAUGGGCAUUAUCUUGUAUGAGUUCCUGGUGGGCUGUGUCCCUUUCUUCGGGGACACACCAGAGGAACUGUUUGGACAGGUUGUCAGUGAUGACAUCAUGUGGCCAGAAGGAGACGAUGCUCUUCUCGCCGACUCCCAAGAUCUGAUCACCAAACUGCUUAAGCAGAGCCCCCUGGAUCGCCUGGGAACCAGCGGAGCAGUGGAGGUGAAGCAUCACAUAUUCUUCCGGGGUCUGGACUGGAACGGACUGCUGCGGCAGAAAGCGGAGUUUGUUCCACAGCUAGAGACCGAAGACGACACGAGCUACUUUGACACUCGCUCUGAUCGGUACCAGCACACAGGCUCAGACGACGAUGACGACGAUGAUGAAACCAAUGACGAAGAGUCCUCCCAGGAGAUCAAGAAGUUCUCCUCAUGUUCCCAUCGCUUCAAGGUGUACAGCAGCUCGGAGUACCUGGCCUCCCCAUCCAACCUGAGCCUGUCCUCCUCUGAGCGCAGCUGCAGUGAGGAAAAGGAAGACCGGUGGGAUGGCCACCCCUCUCCUUACAGAGGGGACGCGUCUCUGCUGGGCCACUCCAGUGACCCCUAUCAGGGUGGAGCCAAAGCAGGAAGCCCUCGUCCCAGAGCGUCGUCGAGUUCCUCUCCGUCAGAGAGGAGUGGCAGUCCACAGGUGAUGAACAGCACUCAGAGUCUGGAGACCAUGCCACGCCUGGCCCUUUCAACUGAGGAUGAAGAGGGUCUUGUCACCAACCUACGCCGCAUCCGUCUACGUAGCAAUUCAACCGGUACUAGGCCCCCACCUCGUAGAGACAAUAGGGGCCCUCGUCGCCUCGGCCAGCAACUGGAGACCCCUGAAAAACCAAGACUCCCUCCUGGAUGCAAACUUCCCAAGUCAGCUUCAGCAUCUGGCCUCUCUCUCAUUGUCACACCAGACGACACAGCAGGUGGCCUCCAGAAGAGCCCCAUGUCCUCCCACUCGCUGUCCUCCAACCCCUCGUCACGGGACUCCUCUCCCAGCAGGGACCUGAGUGCCGCCUGCCUCCGCCCGCCCAUCAUCAUCCACAGCUCCGGCAGGAAGUAUGGCUUCGCUCUGCGGGCCAUCCGGGUCUACAUGGGAGACUCUGAUGUGUACACAGUCCACCACAUGGUCUGGAGUGUGGAAGAAGGCAGCCCAGCCCACGAAGCGGGACUGAAGGCUGGGGACCUCAUUACCCAUGUGAAUGGGGAAUGCAUCCAAGGUCUGGUGCAUACGGAUGUGGUGGAGCUUCUGCUGAAGAGUGGGAGUAGAGUUGCCCUGCAGACGACUGCUCUGGAGAACACCUCAAUCAAGGUCGGACCAGCCAGAAAGGCCAGCUACAAAGGCAAGAUGGCGAGGCGCAGCAAGAAGAGUAAGCGGAAGGAAGAUAAAGAAAGCAAACGCCGGAGCCUCUUGAAAAAGCUCCCAAAACACAACAACCCCACCCUUCAGAACAGCCGCAGCUUCUCCUUUGGUCUCCAUCACUCUGCGUCACCCAGCGACAGCAUGUCGGACUCUCCCACGCAAAGCCUGUCUCCGGGACCCAAUACACCCUGCAGGAGUCCAGCACCUGACUACUCAGCUGACUCCAAUUCUCCUCAGAGCUCCUCUCCGGGCUCCAGCUCCCCCAACUCACCAAUACCUCAGAACCGGCCGAGCUCCCUGCAUGUCCUCGGCUCCAAGAUCCGCUUCUCCAAAGCUGGCCGCUGCAAAUCAACCAGCAGCAUCCCCCCGUCACCGUUGGCCUGCAACCCAGCGGCCACGCAGCCUCCCUCCCCUCAGUGCUCUCCGUCGUCUCUCCCGGGGCUCCCCAAAAGUCUCCACUCCUACCACGGAAAGACCCUCUCCCCACCAACCAUCCCCAGGCAGUCGGUGCGGCCUCGCAGCGCGGAGCCCCCCCGCUCGCCGCUGCUCAACAGGGUUCAGUCGGCUGAGAAACUCUCCGGUGCUUACUAUGGAGACAAGAAGGCCUACUCCACGCGGCGCCACACUAUGGAUGGCGACAGCCUGAGUGACUGCGGUGGCGACGUGGCCUCCGGGUUCGUCUGCGUGGGGGACCACGCCCGACAGGGAGGAUUCCUGGGCGGCCAGAGGCUGCGCUCCAGUGACGUGGUGGUCAUGAAAAAACUGAACCUGUCCGAUCGCCGGGACUCCUUUAAGAAACAGGAGGCUGUUCGGGAGGUCUGCUACGACUACCCCAAUGAGGAAGAGGAAGAAGAAGAAAUGAUCACUACGCCCUCCACCCUUCCAAGCAGUCUGCCCCGGUACGCGGCAGCAUGGAUCACCUCAGGCCCACCUGUAGAAACCAGUAAAGAGAAAAUCCCAAACCGUGGUACAAAACUCCAAAAGGGUGUAAUAAAGGGACAAAAGGAGGAUGGACGGUAGAGCUCAGAGCGUGGGGGACACCCCACAGAGAGAUUCGCACACACACACUAAAUCAGGGGCUUCCACAUUAGAUUAGAACUGUCGAUGAAAGCCUAGUUUGAGGCGAUACUAGGGAGGAAGGGGUCAUUAUGAACGUUCGUUACAACACAGUGAAUGGAAGAUGUGCCAUAAUUGGGUUCUCUUUGUUUGGAUUAGUACAAGUGUAGCACAUAGUUUUUGUAUUUCCCUACUUUAGAAAAAAAAAACAGAAUUUAUUUAUUACUCUCUUUAAUAUCUGCUCGUUAAAGGAGGGAAAUGAAAGUGAUGUGGAUCUCUUGUUGAUAAUUUUGCACACACAUGCCCAUGGUCCUGCUGAUAGGUCACUCGAUUCAUGUUUUCAUGACUACAUUAGCUUGUUAUGAUGUUGACAUGUGCAUUCUGUCUUUAACAUUAACUUUCAUCGAAACGACAGGAACAACAAAACACAAAGGAAAGGUUUUUCGACUUAAUACCAAUAGCUUGGUUUGAAGGUAUGUCUUCCAUCCAUUUCCACUCUUAUUAUGGUGGUAUGCGUUAGAAAAUAAACUGUCUACCCUCCUAGUGUUGCUGUUAACAUUUCUUUUUUUUUGUAGGUUUUCUGUAUGCAUCUCAUCUCUAACUGUUAAAUCCAGUGCCUCUUAAAUAUGGUGUGAUAUUGUGAUGUCUGCCCAUACAAAAUGCUCCAAAUGUACCAGAAUGUUAAAUUAGGUGAAAAUGAAGAACAAGAAAUUCCAUGUCUGAGCCAAACCCAACAUGACAUCACCAGUCCCUCAGCAUAUGAUUCAUUCAAUCAGAUGUGCUUUAUAACUCGCAAAUGUUUUGUUGGCACAAACACAGUUUCGAGAACAUUGUCGUGGCCAUCAAAAAUUCUAGGUGGCAAAAUGGAAGAUAAAACUCACUUUCUGUUUGCUGUAGUGAUGAUAUCUGUCAUUUAAUGAUCUCCCAUGUUUCAACGCAUCUUCCCUCUGCAUCUAGCGAUUUAGAACAAGACAUGCAUGACUGUCCUUUUAGCUAUUUAACAACUGGGUGUCAGUAAAUGUUUACAUUCUAGUGUAAAAUGUGAUGCUAAUAAUUUUACCUUGAAAAUGUUAGCAAGGACUUAAUGUUUAUUUUUAUUUUUAAGGGUAUUUUAAAUGGUUUUGCUUAACAUGAAGAAUACGUAACAAAACUAUUUUAGGGGAUAGGGUAUGAAAUAAUUAUGUUUAUUAUUGGGCAAGGUCAUUGAAUUUGUGACCUGAAUAUGCACUCUGCUCUUUUUUUUUAAAGCAAAUGUGUUGAUGCAUUUAUUGAUGCCCUCUGAGGUUUUUUUUGCAAUUUUGUUCACUAGAAAAAUGUCCACUUAUCUACAGAUCUUAGGACUGAGUAGGACAUGCAGAACUGAUCCACCAGCAUUAGAAUGGAUUCACUGCCUGUGUGAGAACUAUGCAUUAUUUAUAAGGCUACGAUUUGAAAAUAUCAGACACUCCCAUUUUCUGUCAUUUCUGUCCAUCUGGAAAUGGAAUAUAGAACUAGUAUGUUUUGUUUGGCAGUAACUAUUUCACUCUGCAGAUUUGGGUUACCCAUGUUGUUAAGUGUAGUGGUGAAGACUCCACUUUCUGUGGUUCACUGUUUGGAACAUUCUAGAAAACAUACACAGACGUAGUGUCACCAUAUAGAAGUAUGCCUAAUGUAAUUCUGGGGUCAGUCGAGUGAACAAUGAAUGUUGGUUUAAUCACCUUUAAGUUGUAUAUCAUGUCUGUAGGUUCUGGGUUUGUUACGAUUCACAAAUGGAAAUGGUUUUUACACAUACUGUUGUUAAUGCUUCAAGUACUGCAGUACACUCUGUCUGACUAUGGUUAUAGCAACCAGGCUCACCUGCUCCUGUGUGAAAUAUUUAUCCACCACUAGUAGAUUUGUAUAAUGUUUACGUCAGUCUCAUACUCUAGCCUUUGUAGGUUUUUUGUGCCCUGAUGAAAGGUGAUGUGAUCCCCUGUCCCCUCGUCUGAACAGCGCUGACAAUAAACAAACUACCCCAA